AUGGCAGGUCAAGAGCACAUUCACAUUGACAGUGACAACUCUGAGGAACAGAAGCAGACCAAAGGCCUCUGGCAUCUUCUCUCCGUCUCUGACCUCUGCCAACGUCUGUCAACUUCUCCCUCUCGCGGUCUCUCGCACCAACAGGUCCAGCAACGCACGGCAGAGCAUGGCAGGAACAGGCCGUCGCCGCCGCCCUCGCAGUGGACGAGAGCCGUGCUGGGAUAUCUGUUCGGCGGCUUUGGAGGCCUCCUGCUCGCCGGCUGCGUCCUGGUCUUUGUCUCCUGGAAGCCCCUGGGCGAGCCGCCCGCGACGGCCAACCUCGCCCUGGCCUGGGUCCUGCUCGCCGUCUUCUUCAUCCAGGCCGCCUUCAACGCCUGGCAGGACUGGUCGUCCGCGCGCGUCAUGGCCUCCAUCACCACCAUGCUGCCAGACGAGUGCACCGUCGUCCGCGACGGCGCCCGGCAGAGCGUCGCCGCCAGCGACCUGGUGCCUGGCGACAUCCUCUGCAUCCAGCAGGGCAACAGGCUGCCCGCCGACGUACGCUUCGUCGACAUCUCCCACGACGCCAAGUUCGAUCGCUCCCUUCUGACGGGAGAGUCGGAGCCCGUCUCGGCCACCGUCGAGUCCACCGACGACAACUAUCUCGAGACCCGCUGCAUCGGCCUGCAGAGCACGCACUGCGUCUCGGGCUCUGCGCUGGCCGUCUGUGUGGCCACCGGCGACCGAACCGUCUUUGGCCGGAUUGCUGGCCUGACGAACCGUCGCUCCACGGCGCCCACGCCCAUGCAACGGGAGAUCCGGCGCUUCGUUCUGAUCAUCGUCGGCUUCAUCACUGUCGUCGUCCUCGUCAUGAUCAUCCUUUGGGCUGCGUGGUUGCGCAAAGACCAUCCGGAUUGGAUCAACGUUCCCUCCCUGAUUGUCGACUGCGUCAGCGUCGGCAUUGCCUUCAUCCCAGAGGGCCUGCCCAUCGCCUUGACCAUGAGUCUGACCAUCGUCGCCAACAUCAUGAAGAAGAACAAGAUCCUGUGCAAGACCUUGGCCACCGUCGAGACACUGGGGGCUGUCUCGGUCAUUUGCUCUGACAAGACCGGCACGCUGACCAAGAAUGAAAUGUUCGUCACCGACUGUCUCGUCGCCGGACGCGAAUAUACCGCGCACAGCAUCCGCACACACCAUCCCGAUGAAUCGAUCAAUCGCCUUCGCCUCGUUUCAGGACUGUGUAACGCGGCCGAAUUCGACGUCUCGACCCUCCACCGGCCCUUGCACAUGGCCAAGAUCCAUGGCGAUCCCACCGACCAGGCCAUCCUCCGUCUCUCGCAGUCCCUUGGCGCCGUCAGUGAUCUUCGCAGCGAGUGGAAGAAGGACUAUGAGAUUACUUUCAACAGCAAGAACAAGUUCAUGGUCCGCGUCAUGUCCUCUGCAGAUUCCAGUUUACUGCUCAUCAAGGGUGCCCCCGAUAUCCUGCUUCCGCGCUGUACCAUGACCUACCGUAAAGACGGCAGCGUGCGUGCCUUGUCUGCCCACGAGCUCGGUGAGAUUGAGAGCAUCAAAGACACCUGGUCUUCCAUGGGCAAACGGGUGAUUCUCAUGGCCCAGAAGGCUGUCUCUGACGACUGGCUGCAAUCCCUGGUAUCUUCGCAGGAUGACAAGCUUGUUCUGCGGGCUGCCGAGGAGGAACUGGUCCUGGUUGGUCUUGUGGGAAUCGUCGACCCUCCGAGAGACGAGAUUCCCGAGGUCAUUGACAUCCUCCGACGGGCGUCCAUCCGCAUCGCGAUGGUGACCGGCGACUUCAAGCUCACCGCGCAGGCGAUUGCCAUCGAAUGCGGCAUCAUUCGCACCCAUCCGGCUCUGAUCCACGAUGUCUCUGAAUUGUCGCAAUCGAGCUCCGACAAGCCCCUUGCCUGUGAGCGCAACGCGAUCGUCGUCAGCGGCUCCGACCUGGGCGGCCUGUCGCCCGAUCAAUGGGGCCUGCUCUGCCAGUACAGGGAGAUCGUCUUUGCACGCACCACGCCAGAACAGAAGCUGCGCAUCGUCAAGGAGUUCCAGGCCCGCGACAACAUCGUCGCCAUGACAGGAGACGGCGUCAACGACGCCCCCUCGCUCAAGGCAGCGGAUGUCGGCGUUGCGCUCGGCAGCGGCUCGGAUAUCGCCAUCGAAGCCGCUGAUAUGGUGCUUUUGGACUCCUUCGCUGCCAUCGUCGAGGCCGUCAAGUAUGGUCGAUUGGUGUUUGACAACCUGAAGAAAACUGUCAUCUACCUGCUUCCCGCCGGUAGUUUCAGCGAACUCUGGCCGGUUGUUACCAACGUCGCGCUGGGUGUCCCACAAAUCCUCUCCUCGUUCCUGAUGAUUAUCAUUUGCUGUCUUACCGACUGCGCCGGUGCUAUCACCCUCGCCUUCGAGAAGCCCGAGUCGGAUCUUCUCCUGCGACCUCCUCGAGAUCCCAAGAAAGACCGGCUGGUGGACAUCAAACUUCUCGGCCACGCCUACAUGAUCGUCGGGCUCUACGAGUGUCUCCUCUCCUACGUGAUGGCCUUUUGGUACAUGCAGCGCCGCGGUGUCCCCUUCAGCGCAAUGGUGCUCAAGUUCGGCGACUACGGCCCAGACUAUUCCUCGGAGCAUGUGGCGGCUGUCGCAAAUGAAGCCUCGUCAAUCUACUUUGUCACCCUGGUCAUCAUGCAGUUCUUUAACCUGUUGGCCAUCCGGACGCGCCGCCUGAGUAUCUUCCAGCAACCGCCGAUCCUGAAUCGCGAGACGCAGAAUCUCCUCUUGUUCCCGGCAAUGCUGUUUGCCCUGUGCAUGGUGUUCAUCUUCUGCUAUAUCCCCGGGCUGCAAAAGUCUAUCGACACAACCUCCAUCCCCGCCGAGCACUUCUUCCUCCCAGUCGCCUUCGGUGUCGGCCUGCUUUUCUUCGACGAAGGACGCAAAUACUGUGUUCGUCAUGGGCACGGCUUCUUUGCGAGGAUUGCAUGGUAG